AUGUCAUUGAGGGAGAAGAUCAAGAGACGAUUCACCAAGAAGUCUUCCGAUGCUUCCGAUGGCUAUCCGCCUCGCCGCAAGGACAUUGAGUACUACAAGCCUAACGAGAUACCCAAGUCCAAAUACCGAGGCAAGGUCGACAAACUCCAUCAAGCACAACUUGAAGCCUACUCACUAGAGGGCGCCUUCAAGUCUGUCCGCCGUCGUGCCUCUCAAGCCCUGUCCGGAACUUUCUCUCCAGGCGGCACCAAUGCCCGGAGUGCUGCCGCCAGUGCGGCCGCCAGUGCGGCCACCAGUCGUCGACCCAGCUUUGCCCGCGCUCGCUCGCAACUAAGCACGGCCAACAGCAUCUCCGAGGAGCGGGACGAUAGCCCAGACAGUGGAAGAACUCGAACCAAGAAUAGGUCCCAAGACUCAUCUCCGAGUCUUGUCACAGACCACACCAACUCGCCGGAGUUCGAUGAAAUUUCGCGGGCCAUCACUGCAGCUGACUCCCGAGCCGAUGUUCCAGUUCUGACGCUGGAGAAGACGGUAACAGCUGGGCUUGGACAGCCUCAAUAUGACACCCACUUCAGUCCCGAAGACCUAGAGAAGGCUAUGACUCGAGCAACGCUUCGCCCCAGGCGGGGAACCGUCGUGGUCCCCGUCAUCAUUCAGCCCGGAGGCAUUACCCCAUGA